AUGAAGUCUCACUCCACCGAGAGGAACUUUCUAGCUCCGACAGAAAGUCUGGGCACAGGCCCCGCCUCCCCACCACCAGGCCCCGCCUCCUCCGCCACCAGGCCCCGCCUCCUCCGCCCCAGGCCCCACCCGCGCCCCGAUGCCCCAGCGCUGCACUCUCUCCGUGGCCCAGCCCGUCCCCGGGUUUGGUCCAGAGGCAGUGGCCGUGCCGGGCGCCUGUCCUCGGCGCCCUCGGGGGAGGGCGAGGCUUCGUCCUCAGAGCUGGCACUCCUGGGGCGGGACGCUGAGGCCACGCUGGGGCUGGACCAGGCUGUCAGCACAGUGGGCUGGAGAGACAGCGAGGCGGGCUGCGGUGUCAGGACCGGGACUCCUGGUCAGCCUGUGCAGCAGGAGUCUCAGGGCAGCCACUGA